UUUCGACCAAUAUACUAAUGAUGGACCCAAAAAUUCAAAAAUUGAAGAUUCGAGGCGCAGUUAAUUCAAACUUUGGGAUAACGUUUGGCCUGAAAUGUCUGAACAACGUAUUCAACGGUGUCAACUUUGAAGGCUCAUAUAAAAAUAAAACGGUAUCAUUGAGUCGUGAAUUCUAUGACAAGCCUACGGUUGAUGUGAUAUAUUAUGCCGGGUACCAGUUUGAGCCGGAUGUGGAGUUUAUCAUGCUUUGGGAAAUUCAUUCUCUUGAUAUAAAGGUAACUGUCAAUAAAAAACGGAAGUACUUUUAUCAGCACACCCACAAAUGUUAUGAUUUGUUUCAAUGGAAUAAUGCUGUCGAUGUUGAUACGAUUUUAAUUGGUUGACUUGUUUGUUUCAGUAAUGAAACUUUAGAGUUCAUUAUAUUUGCCUGAAGUAUGCAACACAAAUAUUUUAG